AUGGUAUUGCAGUGGGGGGCGAUGGGGAAGGGUGGCCGCGGGUUGGGGCCCUCUGAUACCGACGCGCAGCGCGAGGCGCGGGCGCGGAAAGAACGUGAGCGCGCGUACGGUCUCCAGAUCGAGUUGCAAGCCAUGCGGGAAGGCGGUAGCAACGCGAAGAAUAACGCGAAAGUGACCGCGCCGCCGCCGCCGCCACCAUCGCAGCAAAUCCUUUUGGCGCGGGAGCGUCGCCAAAAGGCGUUAGUCUACGCACGGGAAAUCGAGGAGCAAAAACGUCAGCGGCAGCGACAACUGCAGGUGCGGCUGGACGCUGAGGCCCAUGAAAGGGCCAAAAACGAAGCGGAUGCCUGUGAGGGCUCGGUAUCGUCUUCAAAAGUUUCUCCGCGGGAGUAUAAACUGAUGAACAUGCUGCUCAUACACGAGCAAAAUAAAAUGGCUGUAGAAAAUAUUCGGAAGAUCUAUGAAAGUGGCUCUUAA